AUGGCGGCACUGUUGUGCAAUCGUGUCGUUCCCUUUACACGUAUAUUUGUUAGAAAUAAGAACGGCAAAAGCUUAUUUUCUGAUGUAGCGACAUCCAAAAGACUUUUAAACACCACCUUCUGGCGUUAUUGCAGCCAAGGUGUUCAUGGCGAGGAUACAAAGAAGGUGACCGAGGCUCCCGAAACUCAACAAAAGUCUCAGAAAGAUUAUGGCGACAUUAAUGAAAAAGAGGUGCCUGCUGAAGAGGAUCCUUACGCUCCGUUUCCAGAUGAUGUGAACCCAGUUACAGGGGAAAAAGGUGGGCCAAAAGGACCAGAACCAACCAGAUAUGGAGACUGGGAAAGAAAAGGAAGAUGUAUAGACUUUUGA